CUCUCUCUAUUUCUAGCUUUAUUUACAUUUUCUCUCCUCUCUUAACAUUCCAUUCCCUUUUUUUUCUUCCUAUGUUGUCCUCUUUCCCUCCUCCUCCUCCUCUUCCUCUUCCUCUUCCUCCUCCUUCAUCACCUGUUGGCAACUCAUUAUAAACGUACCUGUGGAUCUGCAUAUCAAAGGAGGAGGAGGAGGAGGAGGAGGAGGAGACCAAACCCACAUUUAAACAUGAUUUGAUUGGCUUUGGCUUUUGACUCUCUCUCUCUCUCUCUCUCUCUCUCUCUCUCUCUCUCUCUCUCUCUCUCUCUCUCUCUCUCUCUCUCUCUCUCUCUCUCUCUCUCUCUCUCUCCCUUCUCUCCCUUCCCUCCCUCUCACUUUUUUCACUCCCUUCCUCCCACACCUUUCCCUUCACGCGGUCUGUCAGAAAGAAGGAAGAGGGGGAGGAGGAGGAGGAGGAGGAGGAGGCGAAGAUGAGGCAUAACAACUUGAGGAUAAAAAUGGAAGAGGGGGAAGACAUGAGGAAGAGGAAGCAGAAUACAGAGAAGAAGGAGGAGGAGGAGGAGGAGGAGGAGGAGGAGGAAGGAAGAGAAGGAAGGAAGGGUGGGUGGAGAUAAAAUUAGAACUAGCUCACAAUUCUGCGUAAGCCUAAGUUUACCUGUAGUACCUGAGAGAGAGAGAGAGAGAGAGAGAGAGAGAAUGUAGGAUGUAUGUGUUUCCUAAUCCUAUUUUGUCACUAUCAUCAUCAUCAUCAUCAUUAUUAUUAUUAUUAUUAUUAUUAUUAUUAUUAUUAUUAUUAUUAUUAUCCUUUCCUUGUCUUUCCUUCCCUUUCGUUUUUUUUAUUUCAUUCUUUUUUUCCCUUUCCUUCCCUUCGUUUCCUUUCCCUUCCUCUCCUUCCCUUCCUUUCCUUUCCUUUCCCUUCUCAUUCCUGCUCUUCCUUUCCCUUCCCUUCAUCUUGCUUUCCUUUCUCUUCCUUUCAUUCCCCUUCUUUCCCUUCUCAUUCCUCUCCUUACAUUCCCCUUCUUUCCCUUCCUAUUCCUUCCCUUUCCUCUCCUUUCAUUCCCCUUCUUUCCCUUCUCAUUCCUUUCCUUCCCUUCCCUUCCCUUACCUCUCCUUUCAUUCCCCUUCUUUCCCUUCUCAUUCCUUCCCUUCCCUUUCCUCUCCUUUCAUUCCCCUUCUUUCCCUUUUCAUUCCUUCCCUUUCCUCUCCUUUCAUACCCCUUCUUUCCCUUCCUAUUCCUUCCCUUUCCUCUCCUUUCAUUCCCCUUCUUUCCCUUCCUAUUCCUUCCCUUCCCUUCCCUCCCCUUUCCUCUCCUUUCAUUCCCCUUCUUUCCUUUCUCAUUCCUUUCCUUCCCUUCCCUUCCCUUUCCUCUCCUUUCAUUCCCCUUCUUUCCCUUCUCAUUCCUUCCCUUUCCUCUCUCAUCUGCCUUUCCCUUUCUCCUUCCCUUCAUUUCACUCCCUUCCUUUCCCUUCCCUCUUCUCCCUCUCCUCCCUCACCACCAUCACCGCCAUCUCGUUCCUCUCAUCACCUUCCAAUCAUCACUUAGCCCACUAGUCAUCACAUUUAGGUCCUCAACUUCUAAUGGUUUAAGGUCUUUCAAUUUCCCUCGUUCCAGUUUCCUAUUAAUCUGUCUUGGGCCUCGGAGGGUUAAGGGAACGUCUCUAUGAUUUAGCUGCCCAGGUCGUGUUGGGGAAGUUGUAAGCUGUCAAGAGUUUAAAUUUUCUCCUCGCGUCCUUGUUGAUGGAAUGUUGGGAAUGGAAGGAAAGGGAAGGAAAGGAAAGAAAUGGGAAGGGGAGGGUCAGAAAAUGAUGUAUGAGAAAUUGAAUGGAAAGUAAGGAAAGGGAAGGAAAGAAAAGGGGAGGAGAGGGUGAGAAAAUAUGUAUGAGAAAUUGAAUGGAAAGGAAGGAAAGGGAAGAAAGGGAAGGGAAAGAAUGAGUAAGGAAAGAAAUGGGAAGGAGAGGGUAAGAAAACAAUGUAUUAGAAGUUAAAUAGAAAGGAAGGAAAGGGAAGAACUUGUUGAAAUUGGUGCCAGAAUUCAAUGAUCGCGUGGAUUUUUUUAUAUUAUCGAUUUUUUAGGUGAAAGUCCCCAUGAUUUAGCUUUUCAGGACGUGUUGGUGAAGUUGAAAACUGUCGGCACAUUGAAUUUUCUCCUCGCGUCCUUGUUGAUGGGUUUAACUUGUUGGAAUUGGCGCCAGAAUUCAAUGAUCGCGUGGAUUUUUUUAUAUUAUAGAUUUUUUUAGGUGAAAGUCCCCAUGAUUUAGCUUUUCAGGACGUGUUGGUGAAGCUGAAAACUGUCGGCACAUUGAAUUUUCUCCUCGCGCCCUUGUUGAUGGGUUUAACUUGUUAGAAUUGGCGCCAGAUUUUGAUGAACGCGAAGAUUUUUUUAUAUUAUUACUUUUUGAGGGCCAUAGAGAUUCAAGGCGGGUUGUAAGAUUUAGUUUAGGAAGGUUUCAGUUCUGUUUAUCCUCACAUUCUCCUGUCUUCUGUCCUUUUCUUUCUCUUUUUCUUCUUUUUCUUUGUCUAAUAUUUCCCUUUUUCUCUUGUCUGAUAUUUCCUUUUUUCUAUCGUCAAUUCUUUUUUAUUUUUCUCAUUUGUUUUCUCCCUUUUUUUCUAUCGCCAAAUAUUUUCCUUUUUCUCUCGUGUCAUUUCUUCCCUUUUUCUCUCGUCAUAUAUUCCCGUUUUCUCUCGUGCAAUUUCUUUCAUUUCUCAUUGAAGCAAAAACGUAACAAUCUUCUUCCUUGGCACUUGGUUACGGCGGCUGACAAACAGAGUAACCGACGAUUUGGCUCACUAUCUGACUGCCUGGCUGACGAACUGACGGACUGACUAACGAAAGAGGUAUCAGAUUCUCCUUACAAGAGCCGACAAUGCUUAAAUCUUUUUGUAGCGAGUGUUCUUGUUCCUUAAUCUUUGCUAUGUGUCUUGAAGCAAUGGCUCACUCGGGUUCAGGACUUGGCGACGUGUGUGUGUGUGUGUGUGUGUGUGUGUGUGUAGCUUGGAAGGUUAGUUAAAUGGUAUACAUAACAUGCGAAAUCUAUACAGUAAGGCGCCAGUAGCCAUCCACCUGGGCUGUACCUGUUUAAACACCUGAGAGCAUAAAGCCUCAGGUAGAGCCACUAAUUAAGAGAAGCACAGGUGGAACUAUAGGUAGGAGUUCACACCUCGCAGCACACACCGAAAAGUAAUUAAAGUGUAGAAGAUGAGGUAUAUAGAGGCGCACUUAAUCUAAAAACACACUUGAAAGCUAUUUAAAAGGUGAAGGAAAAGUUUGGUAUAUGUAAAAUUUUCAUCUUAACACAAACACUAAAAAAAACACUAAAGAUAAGUACAGAAAAAUUUAUAUAUAUGGAAAACUACAUGGAUUAAAAUGUAGAAAAAUUGGUAUAUGCAAAAUUUUCAUCUAAACACACACUUAAGAAAAUAAUAUGGAUAGGUAUAGAAAAAUUUGACAUAUGGAAAACUACAUUAAUUAAACUGUAGAAAAAAUUGAGUAUCUAUGUAUAAAAAUCCACUAAUUAAACACACAAAAAUAAUUAAGUUAAAAGAAAAAUAUAGGUCUAUUCAAAUCCACUAUGUCUAAAUUCAACCCAGGUCAAAACUAGUUAAUAAGGUCUUGAAAAAUCUAAGACAUCUCAAAAACUCCCCUAAUUAUAAUCUAAGUGACAAACUAACACACAAAACCAGGCAUCACUAAAAAUAAAUUCAAGUGAUGGGGCAAAAAGUGUAGCCACCUUCAAUCACCACAAAGAAGAAAAGAAUAGAGAUUAAUAUUAGUGAAAAGAAGGAAGUGUGUCUUACUAACUAAACCCAUAAGCUAGGCAAUUAAAUAAAAGGUGCUCGUUUAAGAAGACUCAUGAACUCAGAAUGUAAGACUAUGGUAGGAGUCAUUAGCAGUCUAGUCUUGGCAUUCAGAAAGGGAAGCAAAAGGAGUCAUUUGCAGUCUCGUCUUGGCAUUCAGAAAGGGAGGCAAGUAGGAGUCAUUAGCAGUCUAGUCUUGGCAUUCAGAAAGGGAAGCAAGUAGGAGUCAUUAGCAGUCUAGUCUUGGCAUUCAGAAAGGGAAGCAAGUAGGAGUCAUUGGCAGUCUAGUCUUGGCAUUCAGAAAGGGAGGCAAGUAGGAGUCAUUAGCAGUCUAGUCUUGGCAUUCAGAAAGGGAGCCAAGUAGAAGUCAUUAGCAGUCUAGUCUUGGCAUUCAGAAAGGGAGCCAAGUAGGAGUCAUUAGCAGUCUAGUCUUGGCAUUCAGAAAGGGAAGCAAGUAGGAGUCAUUGGCAGUCUAGUCUUGGCAUUCAGAAAGGGAAGCAAGUAGGAGUCAUUAGCCGUCUCGUCUUGGCAUUCAGAAAGGGAAGCAAGUAGGAGUCAUUAGCAGUCUAGUCUUGGCAUUCAGAAAGGGAAGCAAGUAGGAGUCAUUAGCAGUCUAGUCUUGGCAUUCAGAAAGGGAAGCAAGUAGGAGUCAUUAGCAGUCUAGUCUUGGCAUUCAGAAAGGGAAGCAAGUAGAAGUCAUUGGCAGUCUAGUCUUGGCAUUCAGAAAGGGAAGCAAGUAGAAGUCAUUGGCAGUCUAGUCUUGGCAUUCAGAAAGGGAAGCAAGUAGGAGUCAUUGGCAGUCUAGUCUUGGCAUUCAGAAAGGGAAGCAAGUAGGAGUCAUUGGCAGUCUAGUCUUGGUAUUUAGAAAGGGAGGCAAGCAGGAGUCAUUAGCAGUCUAGUCCUGGGAUUUAGAAAGGGAAGCAAACAUACAGUGAGCCUUAUAUCACACAAUAGAAGAGAAGUACCAGUCACCUUUGUACUAAUAGAAGGGAAACGUACAUAGAACACAACAUAGAGAUGGUAAAAUCAUAGUACCAGUCUUUACCGUACUAAUAGAAGGGGAAGCAGACAUGAAAUUAACUUAAAAGAAAGAAAGAGAAAGAAAAAACUCAAACCAACACACUCAGAAGACGAAAACAAACACCAGACAAACCCCAAAACACACACGGAAAAGUCCACCACCACUAUAAAUAAAAAUCCGCCCGAUGAAGUACCCAGAUGCCCCAAAAUCACAAACCUCCCUCAAAAACUCUCAAAACACGACCAGCU